AUGAAAGUUUUGAGAAACGAAAAGUAUCGAGGCUAUGCACCAUUCCAUGAUUCUCUCUUAGAUCCUAAAAACCAAGUUCGAGGGGAUUACAAAGAGGGUUUUACCAUUGGAAUGGAAGGUUCCAAAGUUGGUCUGCAUGAGGAUAAGCCAUUCCAUGGCCCCAACAUUUGGCCUAACCCUGAUGUUUUGCCUGGAUGGCAAGAGACCAUGGAGAAAUAUUAUCAAGAAGCAUUGAGGGUUUGCAAGUCUAUCGCAAGAAUAAUGGCUUUGGCGCUCGACUUGGAUGAGCAUUACUUUGAUACACCGGAGAUGCUUCGAAACCCAAUAGCUGAUAUGGUCUUGUUUCACUACGAAGGCAUGUCUGAUCCGUCGAAAGGAAUAUAUGCAUGUGGAGCACAUUCUGAUUUCGGAAUGAUGUCUCUCUUAGCAACUGAUGGUGUAAUGGGACUUCAGAUAUGCAAAGAUAAAGACGCGAAGCCUCAAAAGUGGGAAUAUAUACCGUCGAUUAAAGGAGCUUACAUUGUGAAUCUUGGUGACCUGCUUGAGCGCUGGAGCAACGGCUAUUUUAAGUAA